AAUAUUCAUGAGCCUUCCCCACACUGCUCAUGUCUGCAGGAUGCAGCUCCAGCCGUCACACUGAAAACACUGCAAACACGGUUUUAGGCACACUUUCAGCCAACAUGCGUGACAGGCAGGUGCGCGUGCACGAUGCCGGAUCGAUCGGCCGUAUCUGAAACUAUCGAUUCGGCUCGUGGAAGAAGUUUAUCUGCGGUUUCCUCAGUUCAGUAUGAAGACUGAGUGGAGCUGAUGAUGCAGCUAACGGACUAACGGCAGCUAACGGACUAACGGCAGCUAACGGGCUAACGGCAGCUAACGGACUAACGGCAGCUAACGGGCUAACGGCAGCUAACGGACUAACGGCAGCUAACGGGCUAACGGCAGCUAACGGACUAACGGCAGCUAACGGGCUAACGGCAGCUAACGGGCUAACAGCGGCUAACGGGCUAACAGCAGCUACUGGGAUAACAGUGGUUAACGGCUAACAACAGCUAACGGGGCUAACAGCAGCUACUGGGAUAACAGCAGCUAACGUGCUAACAGCAGCUAACGGGCUAACAGCUGCUAACAGUAAGAAGACUGUUUCAUGAACUGUUCCAGCUCUGUGACUCGGAGACAACAUGGAUGCGCUGCUGGACUUUGAGGAGUGUGUCAAAGACUCACCUGACUUCAGACUGAAGCUCGAGCUGUUCGAGGCAGAUGUUUCUGUGAUCGAGACACAAGUGGACAAGGUGAUGAAGCUGUGCGGUAAGAUGGUGGAGGCGGGACAUGCCUACAGCGCAGCCAAUCAGCUGUUCCUGACCGGCCUGGCUGAGCUCUCCAUGUCCCACAAGAAGGACAGCGUCAUCACAAACUGCCUGAACCAGUUCAACCAGGGUCUUCAGGAGAUGGUCAGCUUCCACACUAUGUUGUUUGAUCAGACUCAGAGAGCCAUCAGCCAUCAGCUGACCAACCUCUGUGCACAGUUCCUGCCCCAGCUGGUGGAGACCAGGAGGGAGUUUGUCCGGAUCGGAGAGGAUCUGGAGACGGCGGCGCUGAAGAGCGCUCAGGUGUCUCGCUUCAAAGCUGCAGACGCCGAGCGGGCGAGUCACCUGCUGCUCGCCACGCGCAAGUGCUACCAACACUUUGCCCUGGACUACUGUCUGCAGCUCAACACUUUCAAGACUCAGCAGAGAGUCGACGUCUUAAACUCAAUGUUCUCCUUCGUCCACGCUCAGUUCACCUUCUUCCACCAAGGAUUCGACCUCCUGCGGGACCUGGAGCCCACCAUGAAGGCCAUGGCCGCACAGUUGUCUCAGGCGUCAGCAGACUGUGCAGCGCAGAGAAAAGAGCUGGAGAACAAACACCUGCUGGUCCAGAGAGAUGCUUCUGGAGAGCCGUCGGUCUGCCCGUGUCCCGGUAGUGAUGACAUCAUCCAGGGUCACCUGUUGAAACGCUGCAGGAGGAAACCCAAAACCUGGAAGCGAUGCUGGUUUUCCAUCAGAGACAACCAACUCAUGUACAGGAAGUCACACAAGGAGAACUCUGUGGUUCUGUUCGAGGAUCUCCGACUGUGUGCCGUCAAGUCUCUGCAGAACCUGGACCGCCGGUUCUGUUUCGAGCUGCUCUCAGUUCAGAAGUGCUGUGCCCUGCAGGCUGACUCCCAGCAGCUGCAGCAGCUCUGGCUCAGCGCGCUGCACGGCAGCAUCGACCUCGCGUACCGAGAGGGAGACGACGCUCCGCUCCCACAGCCUAGAGAGCCCCCCCCGGGCCCCCCCCUCCAGAGGCCCCCCGUGCUGGGCGUGGCCCUCAGUUGCCCCGGCAACCAGCAGUGCUGUGACUGUGGGGAGGAGGAGCCUCGCUGGGCCUCCGUCAACCUGGGAGUCACCAUGUGUAUCGAGUGCUCGGGGAUACACAGGAGUCUCGGUGUUCACCUGUCCAAGGUGAGAUCUCUCACUCUGGACUCCUGGGAGGCUGAGCAGCUGAAGCUGCUGUGUAUUCUGGGUAAUAAUGUGAUGAACCAGAUCUACGAGGCGAGAUGUUCAGCUGAAGGACGAGUGAAACCUGGAGCUGCCAGCGUGCGAGCCGAGAAGGAGACGUGGAUCAAAGAGAAAUAUGUGGAGAAGAGAUUUGUGUCAGAUCGAGGUCUGAAGGGCGACGCCGGGCGGCGGCUCUAUCAGGCGGCGGAGGCCGGGGACCUGGUAGCCAUGGCGACGGCGUUGGCCCAGGGGGCAGAGGUCAACCAGAGCAUUGGGGAGGAGGCGGGACGCACGGCGCUGAUCGGAGCUGCUGUCGGGGGGUCGCUGUCGGCCUGCGAGUUCCUGCUGCUAAACAGAGCAAACGUCAACCACCGAGACCUGAGAGGGCAAGGAGCCCUCCAUGCUGCUGCUGCUGCUGGACACACAGGACAGGUGUGUCUGCUGCUGAAGAGGGGAGCCAAUCAGUACGCUGCAGACGAACGAGGCCAGGAUCCGUUGGCCAUCGCCGUGGAAACCGCCCACGCUGACAUCGUCACACUACUGCGGAUGGCCAGGAUGAACGAAGAGAUGAGGGAUUCAGACGGAGUCUUUGGAGCCAUGGGAGAUGACGAGACCUUCCAGGACAUCUUCCGUGACUUCAGCGACAUGGCGUCUCACGACCCCGACAGGCUCAGCAGACGUCAGUUUGGCCGCCGAGGCGAUGAAGAGGAGGACAAAGGGUGAAGAAGAGCUGACUGAUGUACUGUGUCGUACUCAAAGUACACGUUAAUGUACAGUUACUGCAGAAGGUCCAUCAAUAUUAAUAUUGACUCAAUGUUCCCAUUGUUCCUGAAGGUGGAUCUUCUUAAUACUCCUGAUAAUGUUGUAAUAGGUUGUAAUGUGCGGCCUCACCACUAGGUGACGCGCCGCUCCUUUAAAUGACUCAACAACAAUGAAGCGGUUGCUGAUUGGUCACCUUUUUAGCGUGUCAUCAUGACAUCACGCUAGCUGUGUGACAGCUCGUUAGCUAGCUGACAGAGAGCAUCUCAAUAGGUCAAGAAAAACAAACAACAACAACAACAACGGUGUUGUGUUUGCUAGUCUGAGGGUUUUUCCGUUGAAGCCCUUAAAGAUAAAAGAUAAAUAAGUGUGUGUGUCUGUCUGUGUGUGUGUGUGUGUGAGAUGCUAAUUUAUAUACUCGACUCUUAUUGGUCAGUUAUUUUCAUCAUGUUGUUUUAUUUUCAAAAGAAUGUAAACAAAGCAGCUGAUUGGUCGCUCUGUGACCCAUGAGCAAGGCCUCCUCUUGCUAUCUGUCCCUAACGUCCGUCUGGAAAUGGGAAAAGGGUCUUUUAGGUUUGAAUGUGGUCUACGGGAGCCGGUCUCUGUAGGUGGUUUUAAAGAGUUGGAGGAAGGUUCAUCUGGUUGUAGAGGUUUCUCUGACUGUGUGAACUGGGAUGUGAUGACUGGAGUCUUAGUUUUGGUUUGACUAAAGUUUUUAUUGUCUGUCACUGUUUUAUGUUUUAUGUCUGAAACUUUGUUAAAUGUGCUUUUGCUGUCUUGGCCGGGACACUCUGGAAAAGAGAUUAUUAAUCUCAAUGAGGCUUUUCCUGGUUAAAUCAAUUUAAACAUCUCCUGCUGGAAGGAGAAGGACUUCAGACCAAAAACAGGAAGAUCGUUCAUGAAUGACUUUAACCAUAUUGUAUAUAAUGAAAAUGCAUAUUUGUAUUAUUAUUAUUCGAGCGGAGGACCUAUUGUUCUUUAAAUGUGUGUUUACUAAAAGGUGAGUUAGGUAUGAAACCUCAAUCCCACAUUGGUUCUGUUAUUAUUACCGUACGUGGUUCUAUGUUCUUAAUCAGAACAAUCCAAAGACCGAAGGUCUGAACUCUUGAGGUCCCCAUAAACCACGUGGAUGUGUGGAGACCAGACCUGGUUUGGUGAAGUCUGUUACCAUCAAAGGGACUUCCAGGAGACCACGAGUCCUCUUUGAAGGACCAACCGGACCACUUAGGAAGACCCGCCCCCCUUCCAAUCCAAAUGGGACUCUAUUUGUUGUUGUUGUUGUUGUUGUUUGGAUGGGUUUGUGUGCGUGUUUGGUAGUUAUUAGUUCUCUUUGAAGGACGUCUACCGUGUUCUAGCUACUUCGAUAUGUUCUUUGUUCUGUUGGACGGUUUCUUUUAUGGAAAAUGAAUUUACUGAAGUGUGAAGUUUGAAAUCGCUUUAAUAAAAAUACACAUGGAA